ACGUUAAUCAUUCCAAACACAACCACUACAGAGUAAUCAUUCAACUCAACUCAAUUUCAAGCCACCUUCGACUGUACUAAAAUGCGUGCCUUUAUCGUGUUGUCAUUACUCGCCGUUGCCUAUGCUGAUAGCUUGGGCUACAACUAUCGUCCUGUAGGACACUCGGACGCUGGACUCUCGUUCGCACCAGGUGGCAGCAGUGGUGGACUAGGCGGUGGAUUGGGUGGUAGUGGUGGUGGAUUCGGCGGCAACAAUGGCGCUGCCACACAAGUUUCACCCUCUUACUCAGCACCCGCCGCUGAAUUCGACAAGGAGUUCUACAGCUACAGCGCUGAUGAGGAUGCCUUCAACGAACCCGCUGGCAGUGAACAAAUCGAAGCUUCAUUGAAGAAGAAUCUGCGCGUUGUCUUCAUCAAGGGACCCGAAAAUAAUGGUUUGGAGAACGCUGCCGCCAAUCUGGCCAGACAUGCUGCCGAACAGAAGACCGCCAUCUAUGUGCUCCAGAAACAAGCCGAUUUGGGUGAUUUGGCCAACAGACUGCAGUCCCAACACGAUGUUAAGGCUCACAAACCCGAAGUACACUUCGUCAAGUACCGUACCCCAGAGGAUGCUGCCAACGCUCAACGUGCCAUUCAAUCGCAAUACGAUCAAUUGGGUGGAAACUCUCAAUCGCACGAUGGUGGUGCCGCUCCAGUUCAUGACUUCUCGUCUCCUGCCGCGCGUCCCGCUGCUCGUCCUGUCAGCGCUCCAGGUUCUUCAUACUUGCCUUCUUCGAUUAUCCGUAAAUAAGUUAAAAUGAGUUGAUGUUACUGUAUUGCUGAGAUAUAAUUCUAAGGACCUUUGUUAUUGUUUGUUGUUAUAUUCGUAUUCUAAGGCUAAUUAAUAAAACAAAAUACUUGUUAUGA